GUCUGCAAAUACAGCCCCAGAGCAAACCACCUCUGACUGCAGAUCGGGGGUUAGAGUUAAUAUUAAGUUGGGUUAAAGUUUGCGUCAUCCCCUGUUAUAAAUUAACAAAUAACGUACUGCUUGUCAGACUACAAAUGCACAUAUUCUCUCAGCUUACCACUGACCAACAGUAUGUAACAGAGCACAAAAGUGGCUCCUUUUCAUAUUUUGUGCUCUGUGAUUUUUUUUUUAUAACUUCUGCGAGGUUGCAUCAUUCAUUUUCAAUAUGAAGUUUGACGAUAUCCUGGCAGAGGUGACAGGCUUUGGAAGAUUCCAAAUAAUGACGAUCCUGUUGAUGACGGCUGCCCGUAUGACUUUGCCUUUUCACUAUCUGCUGAAUAAUUUCAUAGCGGCUGUUCCCUCUCACCACUGCGACAUCACCUCUCUGGAUUAUGGAGACGCUUUUAGGAAUUUAUCACACGAAGAGAGACUUAUUGUCAGUAUUCCAGUUCAGGAGGAUGGGACUCUGAGCUCCUGUCAGAUGUUUGCAGAGCCUCAGUAUCAUCUGCUGAUAGAAUCCUCCAACAUCACUGACCUACCCACAGUGCCGUGUCAGAAUGGAUGGAUGUACGAUAACACCACCUUCAAGUCUACUCUGGCCACAGAGUGGGAUCUGGUUUGCGAUAAGAGAAGACUGAAUAAAACAUUGGCUACUAUCUUCUUCAUUGGGGUCAUGCUUGGAGCAGCAGUAUUUGGUUAUCUGAGUGACAGGUUUGGCAGGAAAAAAGCACUUCUGGUGUCCUAUGUGACAUCCACCGUCUUUGGAUUUACAAGUACUUUCUCAUCUAAUUUCACAAUGUUUGCUGUCAUGAGAUUCUUUACGGGACUGGGACUUUCCGGAUCAAGUAUGGUCACCGUGGUCCUUAGUGUCGAAUGGGUGGACAUUAAGCAUCGCACUGCAGUGGGUAUUUUAAUGAGCAUAGACUGGAGUAUUUCUACUGCUUUAUUUUCUCUUGUGGCCUAUUGUGUGAAUGACUGGAGGUACCUGACCGCCACUGUAACCUGUCCAAUGUGCCUUGCCAUUAUAUGUUUAUGGUGGCUCCCUGAGUCUGCCAGAUGGCUGAUAAGUAACGGAAAGGUGGAGAGUGCUCAUUUUUACCUGACCAAGUGUGCAAAAGUCAACGGCAGAGAGCAGUUCAUGGCUGACCUAAAGCCUGAGGUUCUGUCCAAAGUAAUAGUUGCUGAAAAUGAAAACAAAAAAUAUUCAUUUUUGGACCUUGUGAGGACCCCCAGAAUGAGGAGACUGGCUCUACUUACUGGAAUUGUGUGGUUUGCAGUGGCCUGUACAUAUUACGGACUCAGCUUGAAUAUUGAAGGCUUUGGGGUGAACAUUUAUCUCACACAGUUCAUCUUCGGCACAAUUGAAGUGCCAGGAAAAGCCUUGAUCUAUUUCACUGUGAAAAAAAUUGGCCGAAGGUUCAGUCAAGCUGGAUCUCUCGUUCUGACUGGACUUUGUGUACUCUGCAACAUCUUCAUCCCACAAGAUAAUGGGGUGUUUCGCACAGCUGUGGGAGCUUUGGGCAAAAUGUUGGCAGAGGCAGCUUUUACGGCUCUAUAUCUGUACACAACUGAGCUUUACCCCACAGUGAUGAGGCAAAAUGGAAUGGGUUACUGCUCCUUCCUGGCCCGGAUAGGUGUGGCUUUGUCUCCCCUGAUCCAGCUUCUUGAAGAAGUGUGGGGCAAAUUACCAAGCACUAUUUUCACCCUUGUGACUUUUGCUGGUGCACUGUCAGCUUCUUUUCUUCCUGAGACAAAAAACGUCCGCCUGCCAGAGACCAUUGAGGACGUCGAACAGACAAGGUACUUGGCUUUAAUUCGAUUUGCAUCCAGUCAAACGAGACUUAUGGUAUAACAUGAAGAUGUCUUUUGUCUUUCAGAAGAAGGUCAAUCUCUACUACUGAGGAGAAAUCUCCAUCCUGAGUUUUGUCUUUAAUUCAACCAAAAGGCUUAUGAGUUGAGCUGCAGGAAAUAUAAGUAGUAGUAAUGUGUUUAGACA